AUGACAACCGCCAGUCUCUUCUUUGCCUUCUUCGCCGGCAUCUCCUCCAUCCGGAUGCCCUGCGUCACGAGCCACUCCGCCACCGCCUGGGACUCGAUCUGCGGGAAGUUGAGCGUCAUCAGGGAGCAAGCGGCGGACGGACCGGAGGCGGAGGCGGCCGGAGAGGAGGCAGACGGAGCGGCGGCAGGCGGCGACCCAGGCGGGGUGGAAUCAGCGGUGGGGGUCUGGAUCUACGGUGGCCCGGCGUCGGAGAGCUGUGGCGGGGCGGCGGCCGAGCGGGGAGCUGCGGCGGCGGGCGGGCAGAAGGGAAUGAAGUGGCAGUUGGGAGUGGACAAGGACAAGGACAAGAAAGCUAUGCGAAGGGCUGAGAAGGAGCGACUCAAGGAAGGUCAGCCUGCUGAUGAGGAGAUGAAGAAACUCAAGAAGGAUGGGAAGAAGAAAGGUGCUGCAUCCAAGGACAGCACUGCAAAACGUGUUGCUGCAAAGAAAAAUGCUACCACUGAUGGUUCUGAUGAAGAACAUGCAAUCUCGCCAACUUACAGUCAAGGUGCUCACUUUGCGGCUGCUGCAGACGAUGACGACGACGAUGAUGACGUGGAGUGGCAGACUGACAUGUCAGCAGAGGCUGCGAGAAAGCACAUGGAGGAGCAGCUGAGUGCGGCGACUGCCGAGAUGGUCAUGCUUGCCACCGAAAAGGCAGAGAAUAAGAAGAGGAAGAAACAGGCCAAAAUGACUCCAUAUGAUGAACUGGUCGAGGAGAUCAAGGCCAGCUUGGGCAAUGCCGCCACUCCUGCUCAGAUCAAGGCCAUGCUGUCCUCCUCAACCCUCCCCGCCAAGGACGCGAUGCACGCCCUCUUUGAGGCGCUCUUCCACGGUGCGGGCAAGGGGUUUGCAAAGGAUGUCAAGAAGAACAAUGACUACCUUGCUGCUGCCGUGCCUGAUGAAGGGGCCCAGAUGCUGCUGCUCCAGGCCAUCGAGGCGUUCUGCGGCAAGUGCAGCGCCGUGGCCCUGAAGGAGGUGCCGGUGGUCCUGAAAUGCCUGUAUGACGGCGACGUCCUCGAGGAAGAAGCCAUUGUCCAGUGGUACGUUGAAGCUGUUGCUGCCGGCAAGGACUCCCAGGUUGUGAAGAAUGCCAGGCCGUUUGUGGUCUGGCUCCAGGUCGCCGAAGCGGACGAGGAGUGAAGAGGCCGUGCCCGUUUGAUCCCGUUUAUACGCUUUCUUUUUCUACCGCCUACUUGCUUUAGGUAUCUUUUGAUUGUGUUUGAAUUUUCCAUUUUUUGGAUCAGUAUUUUAAGUGUCAGACGUUAAAACACUUGUUGUCAUCAUUGAUUCAGUGUUGAGUCGGUUAAAAUAUUUCUUAUAACAAAUUAUGUCUUUUGAUAGUGCUUGAAGUGUCCAUUUUUGGACCAGUAUUUGAAGUGACAGUCG